UUAUUUAGCGCAUGUCUGCGAAGCACAGCACACGAGAGCGAGGCCUUUGUUCGCAGACUAGAGAGUGUCUGGAUAAGCGAAGAGACAAAACAUGGCGGACAUGUCACUUGUUGUUUCUCUUUUGUGACUAACUUUUUAUCAAAUAUUGUUAAUUUUCUGGGUUGGUUCGUAGACUGGACAUUUGCAACGAGCAAAGUUGUGUAUAAACUGAAAAAUGGCAUCCGAUUCAUUGGAAGAAGAACUCUAUUGUUCGUGCCGUUCGCCUUAUGACGAAACGCGUUUUAUGAUUGAAUGUGAAGUUUGCAAAGACUGGUUUCAUGGCAGCUGUGUUGGUAUUCAAGAAGUUCAAGCUCCAGACAUUGAAAUCUUUCAUUGUCCAAGUUGUGAAAAAACGCACGGACCUUUAGUGUUUAGGUUUAAAAAGAGCAAAAAGAAAAAAAAUCAAAAGGCAAAGGAUUAUACUGAUGAAAAUGGCGAUAAAAAGUCGAGUCAGAAGAAAACGAAAAAGAAAAGAAAACGAAAGGUGAAGGAAGAACAGACAAAACAAAUGAUAAAUCUGGACAUCCUCCACCAACACACAACAGAUACAUUGAAACAAGUAGUUAAAGGCUAUGAUAAAUCAAUUUAUAACUUCCAUGAAGAUGAAGAACCAGCAAAUGCAAUUUUAAAAGUUAGACUUCCAAAAGCUGGUGCUUAUGUUGACAGUAAGGACAUUGAGCUUGACCCUUCUCAGAAAAUGACAGACAAAAUCACUGGGGUUAGUAAAAGCAAAGGUGCCUUUAGUCGAUUUGAAAGCAAAGUUACUGUGAGUGAUUUUGAAGAAGCUAACCCAGUUGAAGAUGACAUCCCCCCGCCAAAGAAGAGGAAAAAAGGUGCGACAAAGAAAACAGCUUCAAAAAUUAAUCCAUCCUCCACAGAAAAACACGGCUCAUUAAAACUUAAGUUAUCUUAUAAGCCAAAAACUUCACAAAGCUUAGAUACGGAAGUCACACUAAGUGAAUCUGAGAGAAGUGAAGAAUUAUCUCAGCGUUUGAACAUCCCAACAAUACGUGGUGGAUUAAAUGGCAGCAUAGCAGAUAUAUUAGAAGCUAGUGGGUAUGGAGCAGAAACAGAUGUAAAAAUAGAACCAGGAUCAAAAGGAGCUGCUCAACCUAGUAUGAUGAGAGAUGCUAUUCAGGGUAUGCUCUCAAUGAGUCAGGAGAGUUCUGGUAAUCUUGAAAUAGUUACACAAAAUAGAAGGCCUCAACGAUCUCGAGAAAACCUGGGGGACAGCGAUGAAGAAGAAAAACUUAUGGCUGACUGCUAUAGAGAUAGUGAAUUUGUGUAUCCAUCGUUGGAUGUAUCUGAUGAAGAGGAAUCAUAUGUGUAUAAUGCAAAGAAAAAUAAAAGAGACAUAACUUGGAAUCCUAAAGCGCGUGUUAAUGUGACUGUUGCCAAUCCUAUCCGUCCAGUGCGAGUUGGUGUAAAGAAAGAAGCCAUUGAAUGUAGUUUAGCUGCCACUGCCAAAAAAUUAGCCGAAACUACUGUUCCAACAACUAAGGAACCAUUCAAAUCUGAGACGAUAAAGUCAAAAGAACGAUGGUCCACUGAAAGUGAGCCCCAAGCUCUCAUUAUAUCAGAAUCUGGCAGUGCCUUCCGACCUGGUAUUCGUAAGGUUGUAUCAAAUGAACCAGGCAGUCCACCUAAAAGUAAGAAACCCAAGAAAGGCACAACAACUGCUAAACAAAGACUGGGAAAAAUCUUGAAAAUACAUAAACUGGUACAUUAGAAACAUGCUCAAAUUGUGUAGGCCUACCAGUGGCUACCACUGAACUUUGUAAUAUAUGUAUAUAUAAGCUUAUAUAUAUUCAAACAUAAAUAUUUGUAAUGAUAAAUAUUUGUGAAACCCAAAAAAAAAAAUAUCUAUAAAAAAUU